UGGUUUCCGAACGGGAAAGAGUGCGGCGAUGCCUGUUCGUUUUCGUUGUGGAGCUGUAGCGAUUGGCAUGGAGAUCAAAUGAAUGGAGGUGUAACGUAGACUUUGUGUUUUCUCGGGAAAGGCGAGGCAAACAACCGACAUGUAGGCUCCUGCGCGUAUCUGCCAGGUCUGCAGGGUACCGACGUCCGUGCACGUGAACUGACAAACACUACACCCAUUGUAAAGGAAGAAUGAACGGGGAUCAAUCAGCGAUCAAACUCCCAGUUGCAUUGGCAGCGUACGAAGCUGCCGUCACAAGUCUGUUGUCCAGCUUCACCGUCAGCCAAUUCAACCCUGAAACAACCCAUUCCGCUUUCGAAGCCCUCCUAGAAGCAGACAAAGCUCUAAACGAAGCCCUUGACGAAGCUGACCUCCACACCGCCCAACAUAACCGUAUUUUGGGUUUACAGCACCAAUCUCGCUCCCUAUCAACCCAAAUCUCAUCCGCCCUCCGCACGCUCUCGACGGCCCGGCAAACCCUCCAACACCUCCCCACAUCCCUCGCUCCCAUCUCUACCCCCUCCACCUCCACCACCACCAACACUAAAGUCGAUGCUCAAACCCUCCUAAGCUACGCAGCCAAGAUCGCGCCAUUCACCGGCGCCCCAAGCGCAGCACUCCCCUGGCCAGACGAGACGAAGCUCAGAGUGGGCGUAUUGGGAAUGGGACCCGAGGCGGGGAGUUUAGCGAGGCAGAGGGCAAUCGAGGAGUUUCAGGAGAGGGAGAGGAGGAAGGUGGAGGAGGCGAGUCAGCCGCCGGCCGAAGUUAAGGAGGUGGUUAAUGAUGUGCAUAUGGAGGAUCAGCACCAUCAUGAGCAUGGAGAGGAAGAGGAGGGUGAGGAUCUUGGGCUGGAUUUGUUUGAUCCUGAUGCGGAGUAGUCAUGUUAAGAAAAGGGAGCAUUUGGCGUUCGUCGUUUGAGAAUACCCCGAGAAAGAUGCAUGGUAUAGGAUAGUCAUGAAUACCUAUAUGCUAAAAAUUCUAGGAAAUGAGAUAUACGCCCGCCUUAUCAAGGUAAUUACGAACAAG